AUGAGAAACGUGAUGGAUUUUAAAAGCCGUAGAGAAAUUCCGAGAUUAUCAUUUUUCUCGCAAUUUUUAAGAGUUUGUUAACAAAAAAACAGCAGUGAAGAAAAGAACGCAAUACCGACGAAACGGAGUGAAUGAAUCGCGAUCGUCCAUGGUCGUCGUCAACAGGAGUUCAAGAAACGAGACAUAGAAAAAGAGAGAUAUGUACAUAUAUAUAUAUAACUAUAUACAAAAUAUAUAUAUACAUGUAUACAUCGUACGUAUAUACAUAUAAUUUGCAUUCACACUGAUCCGAACCUAAACGUUAAUGACACAUGUCGAGCAUACUGUAUCAUCGCCGUUAUAACCGUCGCGCGAUGCCAAGUGUCUCGGUAAUACAUCACUGCAAAACUAUCUCUGGAUAACAAACACACGGCGACAAUCAUUGUCGCCUAUAUAUCCGCUUGUACGAGAAAGAAAAGUACAUAUAUAUAUAUGAGAGAGAAAGAGAAAGAAAGAGAACAAUUAGCGCGGCGCGUUGUCUCUUGCUUGCAGUUGUCAAUUCCAAGCUGCGGUCUCAUUGCGCGGUCGAUCUUUUUCUCGGUUUCAAUCUUGGCAGAGAGAAGACAAUACUACAUGUUACGUUUGUCUUAGAGAAGACAAGUGUAUACACACGGUGAAUAAAAGAUCUCCCCGUUUAUAUUCGCGCCAUGAAACUUUCUUCGCGAGGAAAAUUCGCGCCUCCGCCAAUGUGCCGUCGUUCGCGAGUGUGCGAGAGAGCGAGAGAGAACCGCUCGGUUUUCGGCUUCCCUCUCCUCCUCCUCUUCUCUGCACGGAGAGUGCAAGCAGACCGAGAGAAGUGCGAGCGCGCUUAACCUAAAACUGCCGUUCUCGUACCGUUGUGUCGUCUCUCUCGUCUCCGUUGCGUCAGUGGAUCUCGUCCCCCCGAUGUGCGUUGCCUCGAUAAACGGCACGUCGAACACAAAAGCGGCGCGUCGAGUCCGACCGGCUUGGAUCUCCAAAACCCAGAAUUCAAUCGCAUUACCCGCCGACAGACCGAGACCACUGAGUAGAGCGACUCUCUAUGUGAGGUCGCACCUACCAGCGAUGCUAACCUGCCAGCGCGACUCGCGAGUGUUCGCGUUCGUUGUGUGAAUGCGCGUAGAAAUAACCGGUGCUCCCGAUCGAGCAUCUCUGUCUGCGCGCUCGCGGUGCUUCCGUAGGUUUUCUUAUCCCUAAUUGUCGGAGUCUUUUACCUCGUUAUAAGUAAAGGUAAAAUACUCUUUCUCACUCCCUCUCUCACUCCCUCUCCUUCUCUUUCUCUCUCUUUCUCUCUCUCUCUUUCUCUUUCUCUUUCUCUCAGACUCUUUCUCCCGUUGCUGCCACCGUUGUUGCUACUGCUGUUGGAUACUGAAGUUGAUUGUGAUCUUUUGUGAUUUUCAAUGUAGAAAUGUCCAUCUGUUAGGCCAACUGCGAAGAUAAGAAAGUUUCCGAUGUGAACAAUGCAACGGCGCGAGGUUCCAGUGUUCUUGAUGACAGUUAUUUGGUUACAGAGCCUCUGAGAAAAGGAGAUCGUGUACAGUGUGCGUUUCCGCGUUUCAUAUUUCUUUGCCGACACACGUGCGUGGACAGCUUUUUGAUAAAGAACUGCCACUUUCCGCGUGGAGUUUCACUGUUUGCGUGUUCGUGUGAAUCAUGUCUGGCUGACAGAACGUUGUCAUGAAGCGGUCCUAUCAAGAAUCAGCACCAAACCUCACAGUGGAGAAAUAGGACAUGCUUGAUGAAAAAAUGCCCAAGUAGAGGAACACAUGUUUUGGGAAUUGAUGGGUAUAUGCUUUUCCUGCAGGAGACCCACUAGCGGCAGGUUGAACACAAAAAUUUCUGAGCACAUUUCGGCAUCAGUAACUCCUCUCCAUGUUUGUCUGGAGGAACAAAGAGGACCAGAACUGGGCUCAUGUGACGCUUCACAAGCUCACAAGCCUCAGGUUAAAAAGACCUUUGAAAAUCAAAAAGCAGAAGAAGAGAUUUCCGAAGAGGUGGCGGAGAGUAGUUCGAUUGAGGUCGAGACAGGAGAGUUAAGACAGAGCCAGCCAAGUAUGGCCAACACUAUCAGCAACAUGAAAAUGACCAACCCCAUAAAGGGGCUUGUCAGCAAACGCCGUAAACGUUUUACAGAAGACGGUUUUGAUCUUGAUCUCACAUAUAUAAGAGAUAAUUUAAUAGCGAUGGGUUUCCCUGCUGAGAAGCUAGAGGGUGUGUAUAGAAAUCAUAUUGAUGACGUUGUUAAAUUACUGGAGCACAAACACAAAGACCAUUAUAAGAUUUAUAAUCUAUGUUCCGAGAGAUCAUACGAUUGCAAGAAGUUCAAAGAAAGAGUAGCUACUUACGCGUUCGAUGAUCACAAUCCACCAAAGCUGGAACAGAUCAAGCCGUUCUGUGAGGACGUGCAUUCGUGGCUGUCUCAACAUAAGAACAAUGUGGCUGUAGUUCAUUGCAAGGCAGGAAAGGGCCGAACAGGUGUAAUGGUGUGCUGUUAUCUACUUCACAUCAAACAAUUUCCCACUGCCACGGAAGCUCUUAAUUAUUACGGAAAUCAACGGACCCACGACAGAAAAGGUGUAACGAUACCUUCGCAGAUACGAUAUGUAGAAUAUUACGCUACCCUUGUCCAAGAGGGUCUUAAUUAUCAACCGGUAACGUUGAUACUACGUAAAAUACAGCUGGAUCCGGUCCCUAUUUUAAACGGUGGUCAAGGCUGUCUGCGUUUUGUAAUCUCCCAAUCGAAGAACAGAAUAUUUUCAGAUAUUUACGAGGUUCGGAAAGGCAUGACUUCUAUAUGCAUUUCGUUGCAACACAAUCUCGCUAUAACAGGAGACAUACGAGUUGACUUCUACAACUUCAGGCCAAAAAUGAAACGGAAGAAGUUGUUUCAUUUUUGGUUUAACACAUUUUUUGUCCGUGAGAAAACUAAUUCCGAAUGCGAUAACGGCGAAUUACCUGUUGAGAGAUCGACAAGAGCAUUGAGCUGCGACGGCACAACCAUGGAAUUGCCAAUGGUGAUGUCGCAUGUAAAAUCUAGAACGGGAUCAUUGACGAGUCUUGGUUCCAUGCCGCCCACUCUCGUUUUACGGAUAGACAAGUCGGGAUUGGACGAUGCACACAAGGAUAAAAAUCAUAAAACGUUUAGUCCAGAUUUUAAAGUGAGUCUAUUUAUGCAUUGCGUGGGUGGGAGUAUAUCGCCAGCUGUGCCGGCAACGAUGAACAGAACCGGGGAUGGCAUGCAGUUGGGAAUGAGCGGGCAGGAAACGCCUAGUGAGUCCAGCGAGGCUGACAGCAGCGAGUGCGAUACCACUGGCGACGAGGACGGCUGGGAAUCCGGUGAGUCCUCUGCAUCCUUGGUGGGGAACCACCAUCAACACCAACACCAUCCCCUUACACACAGCAGUAGCCGUAAACACGUUAGUGUCCGUCCGCGAGUCAGUCUCAAGGAGACUGCAAAGUGUCUAUUGUCGCGCGGCGACAAGAGCAGGAGCAGUAAUAGACAGAGUGCAGCCGGCGCGAGCACGAAGCAUUCUUCCGCUUCGUUCGCGCGCUCCGCCACUCUCGACACGUAAUAGUUUUAAACCAAGUACGCUCUCAGUACUUAAAAACUCAGUUUACGGUCAUUUUUUUUUUGUUCUUUUUUUUUUUUUUUUGUUUUGUGAAGACGCUUUUUUGCUUUCUAUUUCUUUAUGAUGUCGCGACCGACGCAAAGAAAAAAAGAGCAAAAUAGCGUUGAACAGCCCUGGUAUAAAAUGACGACUAAAACUCGGAGAUAUCCGUUGUGCGACAAUUUUUUCCACGUCACUCGUUACACCAUUCUUCCCUUUUUUGUACGGUUAUUUCUUUUUGUCUUUUUUUCUCUCUCUUUAUCUCUCUCUCUCUCUCUCUCUCUCUUUUUCUCCCUCUCUCAUUUUCUCUUUAUUAUGUCGUGGGACCAUGAGCUUUACUUUUUCUGUAUUGACGAUUCGUAUCUUACUGACUAGAGAAAGCAUAUUAGUAUAAACUGUUGUUCAAUUCUUCGCGUAAUGCUCGUAAUAUAUAGUAAAGUAGGUAAUAUUGUUGAAUAUAUGCAUCGCGUAAAGCUUUGAGUAAAUUGAUUAGUUUGUCACGUAGAAGUCAAAAAAUAGAAACAGAGUGUAGCGUGUAGCACAUUAACAAUUAAAAAUCCACAAUGGAUUUUUAAUGCAGCCUAUGUUAAGAGAGAAUUAUACACAUUUUUCUUUAAUUAUAAAAUAUUCACAUAAUAUACUUUUUAAGCGUCGUCGUGCGGUUCAAACAAUAGAGAGUAAUUACGUUCACCUGUUAUAAAUUUUAAAAUUUCAUUACAUGCCGUGCGAGCGCAGUGAGUACACCUGAACGAAGAAAAUUGGUUAUUCAGUAAUUUGUAAUUUACACAUUAACAAACUGUUUAAUAAAACAUUUUUGUAUCAAUGUUACGCUUCUGGUUCACUUUUUUUGAAAAAAUUUAUUUUUUAAUGUAACAAAAGGAAAUUAUUUAACCGUGCGCGUUAAUUAAAUUCUCCGAUAAUGUUCUUCAAGAAACAUGUUUAUUUGUGAAAUUCAUGUUGAUUAAACAAAAAACAGAUUUUUAUAUUUUUAACAAUUUAUACAUUUUUAUUGCACUUUUGCAAUAUGUUUGCACUGCAAUCAAUUUUCUUGUUUGUUUUGAUAAAACUAUUCAAAACUAGCGAUAUUGUAAACCACGCAGUAUUUGGAUCUACGCAAUAACAUGUUUUUAAUCGACAAAUAAAACAAUGCAAUUUUUCUAUAUUUUUAACAUAUAAAAAAAAUCACGAAAAAAUGUAUUACAACGAGAUUGCGCGAAAACUCGUUUUUUUCUCUUUUUUUUUGUUUUGUAUUUUUUGUUUAUACACGUAGAUUUCGAUAAGAGCGGGAAUCUGUGUGUAAUUUAGCGGAUUUAAUUACCUUUAAUUUAGUGAAUAAAACUCUUUAUAUAUUUUGUUCAUAUCUAUUUCUCGGUAGGCUAGUUGCAAAGUAAGUUAAACUCUAAAUUAUUUUGUAAAUAAAUUGAAACUUAUUUUGCGUCCUAAGAAUCACAAAUUUGCAUUGAGGAAUAAUCGCAAGUUUUUAUAUGUUUUUUGAAAUAAAAAAAAAGAUAUAGAACACUUGCGCUAUAAGGCUGUGCACAAUAUCUAAAAUUUCUUAUCUGUACUGAACACAAUGUAAUAUUUUGAAUUCAUGAUUUUGUGCAUAUCUCAUACACACAUUAAGAUACCUAUUUCGUCAAAAAAGAAUGUUGACUGUUUAUCUUGUUAUUAAAAUUACGUGAUAGAUACGCGUAUAAAUACACAUGUAGAUGUUUGAAUAUACACACACAUAUAUAUAUAUAUAUACUAUAUAUAUAGGAUGUAUAUAGAAAGAUACGUUAUACGUAGAAAUUUUACUUAUUAUGCAUUUCAUUAAUAUGAAAACGCAUCCCGCGGGUUUAUACGUGCUAUUAUAGUUCAAGAGAGACACUUAUUUUCUACUAAAGUAAAAUUAUGUAAUACAAUUUUUGAACAGUUUAUUUGCUGUCAAGAUAAUCGUAAACGGAGAUGAGGCGAAACAAACGGGAAACGAUAAGAGCGAAGUAAUAAAAUUCAGUUUUAAAAAGCGAUGUUAAAACUGUAAUUAAAAAAAAAAAAGAGAUUACAAAAUCUUUUUGACACAUUUUUAUGCAAAUAGAAAAAAAUUAUCUUUGUUUACAAUUUAUCGACGACAGUGAUGAAGUACAAAAAAAAACCGUAAAAAUCAGCCUUUUAUAUACGCUGUACAUUCUCGAGCAAUAAUUCGGUUUCGUGAGAUGAGAAAAACAUUUCUCUCUCUUUUUCUGUAUGUAGUUGACUUUCAGCUUUACUGUGUUUGAUCCACACACUAUUGUUAUCGAUCGAUAUUGGUCGGCUAUCAGGAGCUGGGAUAAAACGGCGCACAGAAGAGAGAAGCUCUUUUUCUCUCUCGCGAAACCGAAUUUAUUGCUCGUGCUUUAUAAAUAUCGAGAUUAAUAAACUCCGAAUGCUGAUACUAGAUAUAACUCCUCGUAACAAUAACUCGGAUCGAACGUAACUCAGAGUUAAUAAAAAAAAAAAAAGAAAAAAAAAUUAGAAGAUCAAACGGCGUACAAAAAAGGGGAAAAAGAGAAAAUUCGAACGUAGAUUUAAAACCGAUUGUCUUUCUAAUGUCUUACGUUGCUUCUUAAUACAUAUACAAAGAAGAUUACGCGCUCUUAGAUUUGGAUACGCACGUAAUAGUCGUGACGUAUAUAGCGAAUACAUAUGUAUAUUAUAAGGAAAAUGCAUAAUAAUGCAAUUAAUUAAUUCACACGAACACGCAUAUAUAUAUAUACACUGGCUUUGGGAUCGAACGUGUACAGUUAUUACGCAAUUAACUCUAUCGAGAGAUCUACGCGAGUUUUGUUUUUUUUUUUUAGAUUAAGCAGGUAAAAUUGUAGAUAUCGGUAAUACAUUAUAAUUUGAUUAGCCUGAUAGCAUGAGCAUUAUUAGUAUUACAUUAUCGGAUUAUGUUUUCUGUGUGUAAGGCUAACCUUUGUGAUACAAUAAGACAACCGCGUGUUUUAAUUUCCGCAACACAACGCAAAUCGGAUUUCAAUGAAUUACUUUAAGCACGUCAUAAGUCAAGAAAAAAGGAAAAAAUGAAAAAAAAAAGAGUGAGAAAGACUAGCGUUUUUAUUUUCAAUUUUAUUCGUAGUAAAUCAUUGAUUAUUUCUAGACAGAUAAGUGAAAGCGGAAAACACGUAUUCUAUUCCGCGCUGCACGUAUAUCUCCGAACACACAUGUAGUUAUAUAUAUAUAUGUACCUUAAUUAUAUUUAUUGUAAAAUUGCAUAAAAUCCGUUAAUUUAUAUAAAAAAAAAAUAAAUAAAAUCAAUAUCGAGAUAAGAUUUUUCCGCGAGGACAGGAAAGUAAACAGACGAAGUAGUUUGUUUCGAACAGCCAAGAAAUUCGCAAAGUGCAACUUCGACUAAAGUUUUUGAAGGGCUGUAACCUUCCAAAGCUUAAGUGUUCAUUGCACGAUGUGUAAAUAUGUAGCGAGUAAUUUUUGCAUCGAUGUAUUCUAAGUAAGGAUUAAAAUUGAUUUAGAAUUUCCUAUAGAGUGAUGCAACAGAUCUGGUGGACAAUAUCUUGUCUAUGGAUUUUUCGGACCACUUUGUAGUUUUCUCUUUCCUCAUCAAAAAUAUCAUGAGAAAUUUAAGAGAUUUUUAGUUUAAGAAGCUGCAAAAAAAUCAAAUAAACAUUUUUCUCAUUUCUUUGGUUUCGCAAACUUCAUCUUAAUUAAUGUUGAAGUGGGGACCAGUUAUUAAGAUAUUCGACACAUUUGAACGUUGAAUAUAAACGUUCGAAAAAUUUACGAAAAACAAUAAUAUUCCUCUCAAAGAAAAUUGACUUCAAAUUGUUCGAAAAAUCACGUGUAUAAAAAACGUUGUUCCAUUGGAUUCGGUGCUGCACUCUGCGUCGCAGGGCCUGGGUAUUCAUAGAAAGUUGAAAAUAUCUAUGUUGAGUUUUCACUUUUUGUGUGGUCGUAGUAUCGAGACUUGUGCUGAAUGUCUUCUGGAGAGCGUAAAUGUACAAAUUAUCGCGAUGCCGAUAAGGACGCGAUUCACUCUUGUUCUCUCAUUCUUGUCGACGAUACUUCGAACGAAUGAACAAAUAUCUGAGUCCUAUUACGUUUUUUCUCUUUUUUCUUUCCUUUCUUUUUUUUUUUUAGAUAAUUUUAACUAUUUUCUCUCAUAUAUAUACAUACAUAUGUAUAUAUGUAUCUCGUUGCAUGUAAAUAAUUUAUAUAUAUAGACCAUACUUGAAGAUACUGUUACAAUGUUUGAGACAUGUUUAAGAUCUGUAUAAGCAAACUCUGUCUGUUUUAAAUGUGUAAUGAUUAUUUUGUGAUACUACUUAUUAUACUUAUUAUUAUUACUAUAUCGUUGUUAUUAUUAUUAUUAGUAGCAUUAAUGUGUCAUUCAAUAUUAGAGAAAGCUAUUGCUGUUAGACAACAAUUAUUGCUAUUCUUCAAUUACGCGAGGUCUUUACAAUUAUUACAUAAGCAUAAUUGAGAUGUUAACGAUUUUUCAAUGUAAUGCUAUAUGUUACA